CUAAUAUGUACCAGCUCGGAAUUAAAUUAGGUUUUGUGUUUGAAAUAUUCGAGUCUAGAUCGAGGCACCACAGAGAUUCCCUUUCGAUUUCGUCUUCAACAACACAUAUCACCCUAUUAGAGACAAGCCCAUGCUUAGUGCACUACUGUAUGAAAGGACACGAAUGCACACUCACAGAGGACGGUGAAGCGAAAUGUGUAUGCCAAAGACAGUGCAAUGUGCAUCAUAAAUUGGUGUGUGGUUCUGAUGGACACAUCUAUCCAAAUCACUGCGAGCUGCACAGAGCAGCCUGCCUUACUAACACCGCUAUCAGCAUAGAGCGCGGGGUGCACUGUGUUAAACACGGGAAAGGGUGGGCCCCAACACUGGAGCAUACGAACCUAUAUUUUAAUCAGUUAGCAACAACAACACCCACAAACUUAGCUCUAGAAGACGACAACACCACAAUUGAACCUUCGCGACCCACAGAAGAUAACUUAAUUACCUCUAAUGCGGAAGAAACAACAAUCUCAUCAACUGUCUCGACGAACACUUUUUCAAAUUUAGACGCGGAAAUCGAUAACGAAAUUAACGUCGAUAUCGAAGAGAGCAAGAGGGGCUGCUCCAUGCAGGAGUACGAGAUAAUGAAAGAUAAUCUGUUGCUUUAUAAUCACGCCCGCCUCAUGUCUCAGGAUAAUCACAGUAAAGAUUAUCUAGUUUCGAUAAUGUUCUCGCACUACGAUCAAAAUAACAAUGGCAAUUUGGAAAUAUCGGAAUUAAAAACGAUAACGUCCCAGGAGCAUUUCGAAACAUUGACGACCGGCUGUACACUAUCGAGCAUGAUUAAGUUCGACGACACUAACCACGACGGAAAGUUAAGCAUAAACGAGUUUUACACGGCGUUCAGUAAAUUGUACAGCGUUUCGGUCGUUUCAUUAGACAAGGCGCUCGAAACCAAUCACUUGUCGGCGAGGGUUGACGACAACGUCGAGAUCAAGUGCGAUGUGACCGGAUCACCUGUGCCUCCGAUAGUGUGGAGACGCAAUCAGCUUGAUUUAUCCACGUUAAAUGAGGAGGAAGUGAGAGUCUUUAAUGAUGGCAGUCUAUACUUGACGCGAAUUCAGCUACAACACGCCGGAAAUUACACUUGCCACGCUCAAAGGAAUAAGGACGUCGUACAAACUCACGUCCUUACCGUACACACGAUUCCGGAAGUGCAUGUUACGCCGCGGAUUCAGUCGAAAAGACCCGGCGAAGAUGCAACGAUGUAUUGUCACGUAGCCGGGGAGCCAUUCCCAAAGGUUGAGUGGUUGAAAAAUGAUGAGCCACUCCGACUGGAGAACGCACACAAAUAUCAAAUAGUUGGGAAUGGCACGGCGCUGAAAAUAAAAAGCAUCAACUUUGCCGAUACCGGAGCGUAUAUGUGCCAGGCUACAAAUAUAGGGGGUUUAACGAGGGACAUUAGCUCGCUGGUCGUCCAGGAACAGCCAACUCCAACGGCUCCUAAUGAGGAACGUAGGUUUUUCGCGUUCCACGAAUGGGGUGUAUCAGUUUACGAGCCAUCCACUUGCAGACUUUAUCAUCAAAUUCAAUCCACCGACAUUAUUCCGGGCACACAAGAAUAUGUGUGCGGCGAUAAGGGCAUUAAAUGUACUUGGGGACGUGCUGUAAAUGUUGCGAAUAGAUACGUUUACGCAUCCCAACCCGAUCGCGAUCGUGUCAUAAUAAUAUCAAAAGUACAAAUGGUGGUUGUUGACGUCGUCUCUACGGACAAAUACCCUGUCGAUUUAUAUUAUAUUCCGCAUUUAGAUCAGGUUUGGGUUUUAAAUUGGAGGUCGACUAAUGACACGGGCAUCAAGACCAUCCAGGUUAUACGUGACGCUGGUCAAAAACGUAAACAUCACACCGUCCACCCCGAGCCUAUCGAUGGACAAUUUGAUUUAGUGAAAGGAUUGUAUAUUCCGUCAGCGGAUCAGGAACUAUCGCACUACAGUUUUAAGUACGGGUAUGUGACGCAUACAAAUCAAAGAGGACUUUACAAGCUCGAUUUGGCUAAUUUGAGAUAUGUAAGAUCCGUUGAUCUUACCCCAUACAAUUGUGUUCCCGCACAGAUACAGUUCUCUGCCUUAUAUGGAUUGGUCGUGAUGGAGUGCUUGGAACCAAUAACCGGUCGGCCCACCGGACAGUUAACCUUAGAUUAUUUAACCGACACGGUCGUCAGCAGCAAACCAAGUCUGCCAGGUGUACCUUACAUAUCGUCCGACUCUCGCAAGUUAGUUACACUGGAUCGAACCGAAAAGGGCACAACGCUAAUCGUGCAAGAAGUUACACCGACCGGUCUUUCGUUUGCCUUCGACGUUAAAACGACGCUUAACAUUUCCGGUUUGACAUUCUACCCCAGCCAGACAACGCACAGUUAUGAUAUUUACGCGAGCGCAAACGAUAAGGAGGAUAUUUUAUUUCUGAACUUGUUAACAGGUAAAGUAGAAAUCAUAACCGGGGUCGGUAAGGCCAUCGCUCCCCAGUUAGCUAAAUGGGGAAAUCCAGUGAGACUCAUCAAGGGAUCGGGUCUGUUUGGGCAGUACAUGGUAACGCCGGCCAAUGAGGCGCUAUUUGUAAUAAACGGAAGAUCAAGAACAAUAAAUUGUGAAAUAGGUGCAGUUGUACAUCCAAGCGCUGUAGUAUGGACUGUAUUAAAAUACCACUAGAAUAAGGGACAUAUACCGUUACUUUUAAACUUUUGUAUAAAAUCAUUAAGAAAUAAUUUAUUUUCAAUAUCUAUACAUAUAUAAAUAACGGAAAGUGCUGCAAGACAUGUAGAAAAUGGAAAUUGUUGUCACCUCACUGACCUCAUGUAGAUAAAAGUGAACAUAACACACUCACACUAAUCACUGACCCAUGUACGCGUAACUAAGGGUGCGUUUUGUAAAAUCUGUCCAAAUAAUCGGUGAUUUAUAAAUCUGAACUGAAUAUUUUAAUAAAACAAGUUGUUUUAGUAAUAAAUGUAGUCUUGUGAUAAAUUGAAAAUUUUAUAAAAGUAUUAAAAAAACAUAAUUUACAGUAUUUUCACCUGAAACGGUUUGGGCAUUUUAAAAAAAAAUAGAAAGAUGUCCGCAACUGGUGUUUAAUUGUUAAAAAUCAAAUGAUAGUAACUAUUUUAUUAUUUAAUGUAAAGUAAUCACGUUUCCUCUAGUCAUCACUUAGAUUUAGUUUCAAUGAAAAAAAAACUAAUUUAGCUUUUAGCCUAUCGCCCUAAUUGUAGUAUAACCAAAAACCUUAUGUAAAUUUGGUACCUACUUACCUACAUACAUCGCUAGCUUUUCUCUAUAUAAUGCCUUUAAAAAGAAGCUUUGAAGAAUGUAUAUUAUUUGUUGUAUACUAUAACAGAAAUAAUGCUUUCUGUAUAGAUAUGGUGGUGCAAAGUUGUUUUUACAGAAGUAUAAAUAAUUAUAUUUAAAGAGUG